AUGGCAGCUUAUGUUGAGGAUGGAGUUCCUGAAGAAAAGUUGCCUGGGAAGCUUCAGUCAGAUGUUGAUGUAAUUGAUGAUGAAGUGAAUGACAACCCAAUUGAGCAAGUUAGGCUAACUGUUUCAACCACCGAUGACCCUUCACAGCCAACCUUGACAUUUCGUACAUGGGUUCUUGGGAUAAUUUCAUGCUCCGUUCUUGCUUUUAUGAACCAAUUUUUCGGGUACCGCCAGAAUCAGCUGUAUGUUUCUUCGGUCUCGGCACAAAUUCUUGUCCUCCCUGUUGGGAAGUUGAUGGCUGCUACCCUUCCAGAGAAGCCAAUCCGAUUCCCAUUCACAAAGUGGUCGUUUUCAUUGAAUCCGGGGCCUUUCAACUUGAAAGAACAUGUGCUGAUCACCAUUUUCGCCAACUCGGGAUCAAACAGCGUUUAUGCUGUUAACAUUAUCACAAUUGUUUUGGCUUUCUACCACAGGAAAAUGCAUCCUGCAGCAGCCUUCUUGUUAGCUCAAACCACUCAGAUGCUUGGGUAUGGAUGGGCUGGCAUUUUCAGAAAAUAUCUUGUUGACUCUCCUUACAUGUGGUGGCCUUCAAAUCUGGUUCAGGUCUCUCUUUUCAGGGCAUUGCACGAAAAGGAAAAGAGACCGAAGGGAGGCCGCACUAGGCUGCAGUUCUUCUUCAUGGUUUUCAUAUGCAGCUUUUCUUACUACAUUGUUCCAAGUUUUCUUUUCCCCUCCAUUUCUGCUUUCUCCUUUGUUUGCUGGAUAUGGAAGGACUCCAUCACUGCCCAACAGAUUGGUUCCGGCAUGCAUGGCCUUGGCAUAGGCUCCUGGGGCAUUGAUUGGUCCACUGUUGCUGGCUUCUUAGGCAGCCCAUUAGCCACACCCGGAUUUGCUGCCAUUAACAUCUUAAUUGGUUUUGUCUUGAUUGUUUACGUUGUCACCCCCAUUGCUUAUUGGAACAACGCCUAUGAUGCUAGGAAGUUUCCAAUAUUUUCGUCACACACUUUCGACUCCACUGGCCAGAUCUAUAACAUUUCCUCGGUUCUGGAUCAGAAAAAUUUCGAUAUUAAUAUGGUUAGGUACAACGGUUACAGCAAGCUCUAUCUCAGUACCUUCUUUGCCUUCACUUAUGGGUUGAGCUUUGCCACUUUGACAGCUACUAUUUCCCAUGUUGCUCUCUUCCAUGGAAGAACAAUCUGGCAGAUGUGGAAAAAGACAACUAGUGCAGUGAGAGAUCAGGUUGGAGAUAUCCACACCAGGCUGAUGAAGAAGAACUAUGAAGCAGUGCCCCAAUGGUGGUUUCACAUCAUCCUUGUUUUAAUGGUUGCUCUUGCUAUCUUUUGCUGUGAAGGUUUUGGCAAACAGCUCCAACUUCCAUGGUGGGGAGUUUUAAUGGCUUGUGGAAUUGCACUUUUUUUCACCUUACCCAUCGGCAUCAUUCAAGCCACAACAAACCAGCAACCAGGGCUUAACGUGAUCACAGAGUUAGUUAUUGGAUACAUUUACCCAGGAAAGCCUCUUGCUAAUGUGGCUUUCAAGACCUAUGGAUAUAUCAGCAUGUCACAAGGACUUAUGUUUCUUCAGGACUUCAAAUUGGGACACUACAUGAAGAUCCCUCCUAAGUCCAUGUUUGUUGUGCAGUUAGUUGGAACAAUAGUUGCUUCAAGUGUCUACUUUGGCACAUCUUGGUGGCUUCUCACAACCGUUGAGAACAUCUGUGAUCCAUCAAAGCUGCCAGAGGGAAGUCCAUGGACAUGUCCUGGUGAUGAUGUGUUCUACAAUGCAUCAAUCAUUUGGGGUGUCAUUGGCCCCCUCAGAAUGUUCACUGACAAAGGAGUCUACCCAGAGCUCAACUGGUUCUUCCUCAUUGGCUUAUUGGCACCUGUCCCUGUUUGGCUGCUCUCUAAACAAUUUCCCAACCAAAGGUGGAUCAAGCUCAUAAACAUGCCCAUUAUACUGGGAGCCACAGGUUCCAUGCCUCCUGCUAGGGCUGUGAACUAUUUGACAUGGCUUGCAGUUGGGAUUUUCUUCAACUUUUAUGUGUUUAGAAAGUACAAGGGCUGGUGGGCUAGGCACAACUAUAUCCUCUCUGCUGCUUUGGAUGCUGGUGUGGCCUUCACAGCAGUUCUGCUGUAUUUCACCCUCCAAUCCAAGGAUAUCACGGGUCCAAACUGGUGGGGCCUGGAAGCUGAUGACCAUUGCCCGCUCGCCACGUGUCCCACGGCACGGGGUAUAGUUGCCAAAGGCUGUCCAGUUCUCUGA